UUAGACAGUAUGAAGUGUAUUCUGAACCUCGUCAGCUCCCAUACUUCCAAAGGCUACAGCCGGAUAAUCGCCCCCUCCCACUUUGGCCUGCGGCGGUGGCGGCGUUGGCAUCUCCGCCCGAGGCCUCGAGACUUUUCUCUGGCCCGGCCGGCCGGGGCAGCCCUGCUCUCUUCCUUGGACUUUUGGGACUUUUAACCUCUCCAGACCGGCUGCAGUCAUCAUCUUUCAAGAUGUCUGAUAACGGGGGCUGCACAGAUGGCCUGCAAGACUCUGAGAGAGGCCUGCUCAGUAGCCCUGAGGAGCGGUCUCAGGUAGACGCCAGCGGGGAGACAUCUUCUGACCCUGCGCUGAGCUUGAAUGUGACCGGAGAUGGUGGCGUCCCCAGCCCAGAAAGUCAAGGCACUGGUGCAGAAAGUUCAAGUGAAGACAUCAACUUGGAAAGCACGGUAGAUUCCGACCGAUUCUUCAUCUGUGAGGAAAACCUACUCCAGUCGGACCCAGAAGAGGGUUCGCUAGGAGAGGACGAACACGAGGACCAGGGAGAGGAAGAAGCGGCGGGAGAACGGCCCCAGGUACUGUGCCCCGAAGCUCACCCUGAUCGGUGUUUAUCCGCUGAGGAUCGGGCCCUGGAGGACUGGGUGUCCUCCGAAACCUCUGCCUUGCCCCGCCCUCGCUGGCAAGUCCUUUCUGCUCUCCGCCAGCGGCAGCUGGGUUCCAGUGCCCGCUUUGUAUAUGAGGCCUGUGGGGCAAGGGCCUUUGUGCAGCGUUUCCACCUGCUCUCUCAGCUUCAAGGCCAUAAUGGUUGUGUCAAUACGGUGCACUUUAACCAGCGUGGCACCUGGCUGGCCAGUAGCAGCGAUGAUCGGAGAGUGAUAGUGUGGGAUUGGGUGCGUGAGCAGCCAGUUCUCGAGUUUGCGAGUGGCCACAAAAAUAAUGUCUUUCAAGCCAAGUUCCUACCCAAUUGUGGUGAUUCCACCCUGGCCACGUGUGGCCGUGAUGGGCAGAUACGCAUAGCGGAGCUAUCUGCCAUACCACACUGCAAGAAUACUAAGCGUGUGGCCCAGCACAGGGGAGCCUCCCACAAGUUGGCCCUGGUGCCAGACUCCCCUUUUGAGUUCCUCAGUUCAGGAGAAGACGCAGUUGUUUUUGCCAUUGACCUCAGACAAGACCGCCCGGCUUCCAGAGUGGUGGUAACCAAGGAGAGGGAGAAGAGAGUGGGGCUGUAUACAAUAUACGUGAAUCCUGCCAAUACUUACCAGUUUGCAGUGGGUGGAAGAGAUCAGUUUGUAAGAAUUUAUGACCAGAGGAAAAUUGACAACAACGAGAACAAUGGAGUACUCAAGAAAUUCUGUCCUCAUCACCUAGUCAGCUGUGAUUGCAAAGUAAGCAUCACCUGCCUGGUGUACAGCCACGAUGGCACAGAGCUCCUGGCCAGUUAUAAUGAUGAAGAUAUUUAUCUCUUCAACUCCUCGGAAGGAGACGGAGCCCAGUACGUUAAGAGAUACAAGGGGCACAGAAAUAAUACCACAAUCAAAGGUGUCAAUUUCUAUGGCCCCAGAAGUGAGUUUGUGGUGAGCGGCAGUGAUUGCGGCCACAUCUUCCUCUGGGAGAAAUCAUCCUGCCAGAUUGUUCAGUUCAUGGAAGGGGACAGGGGAGGCACCAUAAACUGUCUUCAGCCCCAUCCUUACCUACCUGUGAUGGCGACCAGUGGCCUAGAUCAUGAUGCCAAGAUCUGGGCACCCACAGCUAAAGCUACCAAUGACCUGGCCGGCUUAAAGUAUACGAUGAAGAGGAACAAGCAAGAACGAGAUGAAGAUCGCCUGCACCACACUGACCUGUUUGAUAACCACGUGCUUUGGUUCCUGAUGCGUCACCUGACACAGAGAGGUCUUCACCAGUACUGGGGAGCUCCUGGAGCUGAAGUCUUGGAUGCAGAGUCGGAUACGUCUUCCAGUAGCUCCAAUUCAUCUGAGGAGGAAGAGAACCAAGACCAUGUGCAGUGCCUGCCGUCCUGAAGGCCUCAUGCCUGCUCCAGCUAGAUAGUGUCUCCGUAGGCUAGACUUUAAGUUUAAAAUUGAGUUCAACUAAUAAAUUUUCCUUGUCUUCUAUUUUCCAUAAUAAAAACUUUCUCUUCUAUCUCUUUACAUUCUUCCUCCUCCACUCCUUUCCUCUCACUUGGUUUCUUUACUCCUCCCUCUUUACCCAUUAUAUCUCUGCAUAAGAAAAUAUGUAAGUUUUUUUUUUUUUUGCCUCUUUUCCUAUGUUUUCUUAUGGCUGAUCUCUUAUAACUGACUUCUAAAGGUUCCUAAUAAUGGUUAAAAAUAAUUAAUAGCUUUAUUGAAUCUUUCUUCUUAUUUCUAGUUAAAAAUAAUUAAUAGCUUUAUUGAAUCUAUCCUCUUAUUUCUGACACUCUGAAAACUAUCACCUUUUUUUUCAUAUUUAGCAGUUUAAGGUUAAUUUCUUCAGUUGAAUUGAAAAUUUCAGAAAUGUGUUUAUUCUUUAGAAGUAAAGUAAAAUAAAGCAAACCAUGGUCCUGUUCCUUGAAUGCAGACACUUGGCUAUACACAAACACCCAUGCACACACACACACAGACUCUGUCACAGAAAAGGACAAGGGGAGAAAAGGUGCACAGGUAAAUUCCUAACAAGAUAAUUCAUGCUUCUGGAAUAAACAUUUGGGGUUAUUAACAUU